AUGCCUGGCACAACCAUUCCUCCCGUCCCACAUUAUCAGCAUGCGCCAGUGACGCAAGAAGACUUGGACUAUGCCGAUCUAGCCAUCAUUGACAUAUCUAAGGCUAAAACCCCCGAGGGACGUCAAGAGCUGGCUCCGUUGGUUCGCGAGGCCAUGCGUACCUAUGGAUUCUUGUAUAUCGUGAAUCAUGGGCUGACUCAAGCCGAGAAUGAUCGCAUGUCCGACAUUGCAGAUAUUCCCUUGUCCCAUGUCUCAGACGAAGAGAAGGCCAACUUCGUCGGUAAGAUCAAGGAAGUAGGCUCGUAUAGGGGCUAUAAGCCGCGUCAAUUCUGGACGAUCGACAAUGGCGUUCGCGACCAGAUAGAGCACUAUAAUAUGCAUCGGCUCAUCUUCAAUCAGCAGCACCCCAAGGCGCUUCAGCCUUUCCUGCCCGAGUUACGGGCCUUCACAGAGCACAACCACUACAACGUCCUCCAUCCUAUCCUCAGAUUGCUCGCCUUGGGCUUAGAGCUGCCCGAAGAAACCUUCGUCAAACUGCACAACUUCGACGCCGAAGGGGAAACGUACCUCCGCUUUAUGAAGUAUUUCCCCAGGACAGAUGACGACGAAUCUAAGACACGGAACGUGUGGUUGAAGGGACACACUGACAUUGGCACCAUCUCGCUCCUCUGGAGUCAACCUGUCACAGCGCUGCAGAUCAUGUCUCCGGACGGGAAGUGGCGCUAUGUGAAGCACAUCCCUAACGGCAUCAUUGCGAACGCAGGCGACUCGCUGGAGAUGAUGUCUGGCGGAUACUAUAAAGCUACGAUCCAUCGGGUGUUCCAACCUCCUGCGGACCAACGUGGCUACUCCCGUCUAGGCCUCUUCUACUUCGCGUCCGGCGACGACGACGUGCGCAUCCUGCCGUUGGAAGAAAGCCCUGUGCUGAAGCGAGUUGGGAUCGUGAGGAGGUGUGCGGACGAAGACGCGCCGACAAUGGGCGAAUGGCGGCGGGCACGCACGAAAGUGUAUGGGCUCUCCGAGUUACAGCGCAAGGACGACGUCGUCGAGGAGCAAAUCGUCAACGGAUUGGUUGUGAGGCAUUACAAUUGA